AUGCUUAUUUUACCUGCCCCAUUUGGAGAUGCUUCAUUUAACAAUGAAUAUGGUAGUCCAAACAUUACAGGAUAUUUUUGUACUUUUGCUCAAGAAAUUCCAAAAGUUAACAAUGAGAAUGGUGAUAUUGAGAUCCUUGUUAAUGAGAAAGAAAUUCGUGGAUACCAUAAACCUAUAAUGAUUGCUGGUGGUUUAGGUAGCAUUAUACCAAUGCAUAUUCAUAAGAAAAGAAUUGCACCUGGCACACAUUUAUUUGUCUUGGGUGGUCCAUCGAUGUUAAUUGUAUUAUCUCCUAAACCAGUAACAUGA